AUGGAGGUUUUCUAUUGUGUCAAGCUCAGAAUAGUUUCUAGCGCUCAACAAAAUGCCAAAGAAACCCACAGAAUGGCCAAGGCCAAGUCCAAAGCUCUCACGGACCUUCAAGUGGAAGAGGUGGAGAAGCAGCAUGAGAACUUUUCUGGGACCUGGCCACCUUGGAAGAAUCUUCCUCAAAGAUACAAGCUUAUUGGCACCACAUCUCUCGCCUUCGUUAUUUGUAACAUGGAUAAGGUGAACCUGAGUGUUGCCAUAAUUCCAAUGUCUCAUCAAUUUGGGUGGAACUCGACAACGGCAGGAUUGGUUCAGUCCUCCUUCUUCUGGGGCUAUGCAUUGAGUCAAUUGCCUGGGGGGUGGCUAGCCAAAAUAUUUGGAGGCAGAACUGUUCUUGCGGUUGGAGUACUGAUAUGGUCAGUGGCUACAGCUUUUGUUCCUUCUCUUGCUGGAUAUAUGCCUGGCUUACUACUGUCAAGGGUUUUGUUAGUGUGUGUAUUUUGUGCUUCUCUUUUCCUUCUCCCUUCCAUUGCGUAUCUAGGUUGGGAUAGGUCAAUACCAUUGGAAGAACGCUCACGGGCAGUAGGAUUUGUUUUUGGUGGUUUGAGUUUUGGAAGUGUUAUGGGGCUUCUUUUGGCGCCUCCCCUUAUCCAAAAUCUUGGUUGGGAAUCCGUAUUCUAUAUAUUUGGUCUUUUGGGGAUUGCCUGGUUUUUGGGGUUUCAAUUUCUUGAAGGAGGUCAACCACAAUUAAAUGCAGAAUUGCUUUCACCAGCCCCAGAUACCCUGACACACUCAUGGAAAACUUCUCUGACAGAGUUGAAUGGCUCUUUGAAGGAUAUACCUUGGAAGGCCUUUUUCCAAACUCGUGCUGUGUGGGCUAUGAUAUAUGCUCAUUUCUGCGGUAGUUGGGGUCACUAUAACUGUCUAUCAUGGCUUCCCACAUUUUUUAGUGAGGAGCUGAAUCUAAAUCUGACUGAAGCUGCAUGGGUGUCUAUUCUUCCGCCAUUGGCCUCAAUAUUUGUGACUGGUCUUGCAGCACAAUUAGCUGACAACUUGAUUUCAAGAGGAGUUGACACCACUGUGGGUAAAGACAAGACUACUGACUACACCUCGCUGGAUGUAGGCACAAUAGAUGUUGUGGCUGUUCGAAAGAUCUGCCAAUCAAUUGCAUUUUUGUCCCCUGCAAUCUGCAUGACUCUUUCCUCGCUGGAUCUAGGGUUACCACCUUGGGAGAUUGUGGGGAUUCUCACAGGUGGUUUGGCCCUCUCAAGCUUUGCCUUAUCAGGUCUAUAUUGUACCCACCAAGACAUGUCACCCGAAUAUGCAAGUAUACUUCUGGGUAUAACCAAUACUGUUGGGGCUGUUCCCGGAAUUGUAGGUGUAGCCCUCACCGGUUAUCUUCUUGACUUAACUCAUUCAUGGAGUAUUUCACUAUUUGCACCAUCAAUCUUCUUCUAUGUGACUGGUACCAUGGUAUGGUUGGUGUUCGCAAGCAGUAAGCCUCAAAGUUUUUCUGAGCAUAACUGA